AUGUCUACCCCAACGCACAACCGUCGUGACAGCAAGGACGGUCCUGUUCCCACUCAACCGGUCAGCCAACGUCUAUAUCCUUCUUUCUUACGAGAUUUCGUACUCUCAAGGUCUGUCAAGUGCGACUCUCUGGACGACUGCUCCUCUUGCUCAAAGUCGGGGUCCGAGUGCUUGCGUGAUACUAAGCGGUUUCUCCAUGGCCAACCGAAGCAAGGCUACAUGGAAUCUCUUCUCCAACCGCUCAAUGUCAAAAAAGGUGUCUCAGCAAGGCGAGAUUCAACGAAACGGGAAACCGUCGUCGAUGCCCGCCGUAAGAAGGAUACGAAAUCGCCAAAUCUGUCCCCCAAACCCACGAGCGAGAGCAAUAACCGUAUUCUCGCCUGGAUCCGCUCAGGUGCUUCGCUUUUACGAGCUCGAGUCAAGGUCAUGCAACGACAAAGUUCCCAACCUGUCGGUGAAAUGGCACUGGGUGCAUUACUACUCGAGCAUCUAUCAAUGAUCACACGGAGUACCAAACGGCUAUCCCUGUUCCUUAGUCCCACUCCCACCCAUGGGAUCGCACCCAGAGUCAAGAGUCCCGCGAACCCGACUGUGGCGGUCAUUUCCAAUCUCAGAACCGGCUCGUUGUUGACGAUAUUCUCGACUCCACAAUUCCCGCGUCACAUAGUGGAUCCUCGUCCGUCACUUUACCAGCAACAUCUUUCCGGCGUUUCAAUCCCCUCUCAAUUCCUCGGUGUGGCUCCAAGCACUCGUUCCUCGGCUCUUGAUCACGAUGUUUCUGACCCCAAUCCCGAUGAAAUCGUCCCAUUUCACUCUCAAGGGCGGGGUUUGACGAGCAUCGUGCGUCUGUACCGAUCACGCAAAGUCUACGAUGGCCCUUAUUCAGCGGUAUAUCAAGGUGUCUACGAUGAUGGGCACCAGAUGGAGGACGUUGCCAUCAAAGUCAUCAAGGCAGUCGGUCCUAGGCAUUCCAUUCAGAGGAGACGUCGUCGCGAGGUCACGAUUGGAAAGAUUCUCCAACAUCCGAACGUCCUACCGGUACAUGGUAUCGUGGAAGAUCGAAUGUUCGGGCCAUUCGGGGCCAUUGUUACGCCAUGGUGUCUAAACGGCAAUGCUGCGCAAUAUCUUCACAAGCACGCCCCUUCACCACUGGAAAGAUACCGUCUAUGGCAAGGCGUGCCCAAUGUUCUUAUCGCUGCCGAUGGACGGCCAAUGAUCUGCGACCUUGGACUGGUUCGAGUUGUGGUCGACGACCCUUCUUCGUCUUCUUCUGGCGAUGGGUACAGCAGUGACGAAAGUCGGGAAUGGAUGCGUGAGAUCAAUACCACGACUCCGCAUACGGGUACACCGCGGUACCUUUCUCCUGAGCUAGUUGAUCUCAACGAUCCAUCGGAACCGACAACGGCUACGGACGUAUAUGCUGCGGGUUGUAUCGGAUUCGAGUUCAUCUACUCGGUUGUACCCUACGCUCAUCGUGAGGAUAAUCGACGGGGUCAAAUUUUUCAUGACAUUCGCUGCGGGGUGCCACCUGCCCGUCGACCACGCAUCACAACGACCACGGAUUCUCCCUCGUCCGACAUAUUACCCUCGGUCGAUGGUAUCGACGCCUUGUGGAAUAUCCUCGAGUUGUGCUGGAGUCGCGAUCCUCUUCAUCGUCCGACCGCAUCUUCCCUCAAGCGCCUUGACUACCCAACUACUCAAUUCCUUGACGCCAUUCGCCGCCGUCGCCACCAUCACAAGGCUCAUUCCGCUGCCAUUCUCUCAGUCACGUCACUCCAAACCUCGCUCGAAGGACCCAGGGAUAAUCUCGAUUUUAAUUUAUGA